CCCGCUGGCUGCGGUGGGUCUGGAAGCGGCCGGUGGGAUCCGCUCAUCAGUAAAACCCCUGCUGCGGUCAGCGAGGGGGGGUCUGCUGGCUCGGCCUGAGAGCUCCCCCUUUGACCUGUCCCACCCCACUGAGCUGUGAGGGCCCGGAGCCGCCGAGGUCCUCGCCCGACUUCUGCGGCUGCUUCGGCCCUCACAGAGGGGAUUUAUCUGUAGAGGUGACAGCCCGUUUCAGACGGGCUUUUAUUUUUGUUUUCCACCUGUUUGAAUGAAAAUUUCGCUAAAACCUAUAACUUUCAGAGUUGAAUGGAUUGCUGCAGUCUCUUUAGCUGCUGGAGCAGCUGCUGUUGGAUAUCUAGCUUACAAAAAAUUUAUCUCUAAAGACAAAUGCUGCAAAGCAAUGGUGAAUCCCCAUAUCCAGAAGGAUAACCCCAAGGUAGUCCAUGCCUUUGACAUGGAAGAUCUGGGAGACAAGGCUGUGUACUGUCGUUGUUGGAGGUCUAAGAAGUUCCCACUGUGUGAUGGCUCUCACACAAAGCACAACGAGGAGACUGGCGACAACGUUGGGCCUCUGAUCAUCAAGAGGAAGGAGGCAUAGAGUGGACAGUAGAAACUACAGAAUCAGUGUCUGACAAAUCCUCUGUUCUCUUGUAAUUGGGGGGAAAAAACCCACAAAUUCUUUGUCAUAUCACUGAAGACUUCCCAGUGUAGUAUAUACAUCAGGCUUCAGCAUGUAUAUUUUCUCUGGUGCUUGUCUUUCAGUCACUACAAUGUGUAAUUUACUAAGUAGUUAUGGUUUAAAUUUUUUGUCCUGUAAAGUGUGUGUACCCUCUCACUGAGUGUGAAACUAAAAUGAGUCACAGAAUGUACUUCAUCAGGAAAUAGGUAUUAAAUUAUUUUCAAAUACAUGUGUAUCAAAAGGUAAAUACUAAAACCCUGGAGAGGUUCUGAAGUCACAGAGCUGGACAGAUGUCCAUGUAAAAGGCAAUGGCAGGGCAGAAAUUGCAGUGUCAUCUUAAUCUCUGAUUAUGCUGCAUUUUCUGCAGGUGUCACAUUUGUCUUGUUACACUACUGUGCUGUAUGGCUUCUGUAAACGAACAAAUUCAACAUUGCUAGUUAUGAACAGACAACAGGCUGAAAGUAAGAUGGGGCUAGAGGGCAAGUUUACCUUUGAUUUUACAGCAGUGUUGAAACUUGACCUUACUUCCAUUUGAUAUCAAGAAAAUACUAUCCAAACCGCAGAUCUGUAUUUAGAGUAGGAUUAGGGAAAUGGUCUCUGAGAGAUUUCUUAAUAGAUGAGUGGAAUGACACAAAGUGCUUCAAGAGUGAUGGGCAGAGGGUGGCAGGGUUGUUUUUGCUGUUGGAGAGAGCCUUAGUUUUGCUUGCAGUCUUUCAGCAAAGCCAACUUCCUCAGACCAUGGGAUGCUUCUGUGGAGUGGCUAUGCUGAUUAAUUCUAGAAGCUAAAAUAAAAACUAAAACCCCACCCAUCAUCACCAUCUGCUUCACCAUUGCACUGGCUGGUUCUGGAAAGCUUUUCCUGCUGAGAAGGGAGGAGGCAUACCUUUCUUACUAUGUGGCUUAGGUUCUAUGUGUCUUAACUCCUGCCUCCCUGAGCUGCUAAUGUGGUUAAGCUGAUUUUACCAAAAAAUCCUGGCAUGAAUGAAGAGAGGCUUUGAAAACAGACAGAAACAAGAAGGAAGGAUGAAACAGAGAGAGCUCUUACCCUCCUUACCCAUGGCACUUGUCUUCUUGUUUGGCAUGGUUGCAUUAAUAGCUGUCAUUUUGGUUUCCUUAAAUAGCUUUGAUUUAUUAACAUGCAUGUAAGUACAAAGCAAAACCCAAAGAGUGGGGCAACAGGGGGAAAUUUUGUACUAAAUCCAGUCCAUGAGUGUAACUGCGGCCUGCAUAAGAUUGAGCUCUGAAUAUCCUGGGACAAGAAACUACCUCAGGGCUAGAUGAAAGGCCUUGUUAAGAAGCUGGCAUUUUAGCCUGGACCCUUAAGGAUUCUUCAGAUGAUCAGGGCAGGAGAGGUUCUGUUUAUUUUAUUUUUUAAGAGUGGUUGGUACAACUAGUUAAAACUGAAGAUGUUUUGCAUAGUCUCUGUGUGAGGCUUUCAGAGGCUGAGGUCUUGGCCAGCUGGUCUGGAUUUGGGCAGCAGGCACAAAAUGUAAAGAAGGAGGCACAGGUAGAGAAAGGUGGAGUGUUGGAGUAAGGGCACUACUGUCCAGGAGACCUCUAUUUGAAAGAAGUUACAGUCAAAUACGUUAGUCUUUUCUGUCUGUCUUGAGUGUAAAGACACUCAAUAUUUUUUACUUUGCUGAGUACUAAUGCAUAUGGAAAGUUGUUUUAACCUAAAAUUAUCAAAUACAUUUUAUCCAAAGCAGAGUAACUCCUGUAUUAUUAAAGUAUGACACUGGAUAUUUCUGUAUUUUUGUCAAAUACCCAUUUGAGCUCAUCUUAAUCUCAAGGCUUUAGUCUGUGUUCUCAUGGGUAUACUUUUUCUUUCAGUAGUGCUGUACAGCAGUGCUGCUGUAGUCAUGAACAUGUGUCUGGAGUGGAUUUUCCAUCUGAAACUCCUUUUUCUGUCAACAUCAAAACCUGGCUGCUCCUGAAGGAAUAGAAAUCCAGUGUUAAUGGUCUAAGAAAUGAAGUCCUAAGGUCUUCAGAUGAGUCUCCCGAGUCAUAAAAGUAUUUUGUGGAGUUUGCCAAUAAAAUAUUUUUGGGAGUUUGGGAAGUGGGCCCUUUGGGAAGUUUUUAUUUCUGGGAAGCAAAGUUGCAGAAGCAGAAUCUGUGUUGAUUUACAUCCUAGUGACUUUUGUUUUGGAGAAGUAUUGCAUUUCUGAAUGUUCAUUUGAGUGUUCAGAUCUUAAUUAGAGGCACAUACAAUUCCUGUACUGUACCUUAUUUAUGCAAGCUGUUCAAAUGUGAUGAUGAGAAGAGUCUUGGAUUUGAAGAAACAAACUUAACCAAGCAGUCUCAAUGAGCAUCACAGAGAGCACUUAAUUUUUUCUCUUAGUACCGUAAUAGGUUGUCAUGUUCUAAUGGGCAGAGUGCUUGACUGUUGCAAUGUUCUCCUAAGUCUCUUUCUUUAGUGCUUUCCUCAAAUACUCUCUAGAGUAUGAAGUGCAUUGGUUACAUUUCUACCAGUUUUAACCAUAAAGAAAUUAUGCAAAUGGUGCAAUUUUGACUUCAGAUUGAAACUCCUAAUAUAAAGCCUUCAAAAAUUAAAGCAGAGAAAAAUCCCUGCUGCAGAGUAAAACUGUUUCUGCUCCUUAUUGUUAUUUUCAGCAUGCAAGUGUUUGUUGGGAAGGUCAAGAAAUUAAAGUACUGAUUCUUGAGUAA